CUCAACAUUUGCAUUUGGUCAGCCGUCUGUUUAACAACUAUUAGAGUGAACUUCUCGCAUGGGGUGCUAAAAGGGCACUUGUGACCGUUUAGCUAAUCGUUUUAUAGUGAUCGCCGACGAGUAGUGUCACUAGGGACCACAUUUUUGUUUGUGUAGGGAACACAAACCCGACACCAUGGAGGAUGGCCACAUGAAAAGCGUGGACGAGGUAGUCAAAUAUUUUUCCGUAGACCCAGAAAGAGGAUUAACGUUAGAUCAAGUCAAAAGGAAUCAGGAGAAAUACGGACCUAAUGAACUUCCCGCGGAAGAGGGAAAAUCGAUAUGGCAAUUAGUUUUAGAACAAUUCGACGAUCUUCUAGUAAAGAUUUUAUUAUUAGCCGCAAUAAUUUCAUUUGUUCUUGCGUUAUUUGAAGAACAUGAUGGAGCAUUCAGUGCAUUCGUAGAGCCUUUCGUUAUUCUUCUUAUCUUAAUUGCAAACGCGGUGGUAGGUGUUUGGCAGGAACGAAAUGCCGAGUCGGCCAUCGAAGCGCUCAAAGAGUACGAGCCGGAAAUGGGCAAAGUACUCAGAGGGGAUAAAUCGGGCGUACAGAAAAUUCGCGCGAAAGAAAUAGUACCGGGAGACAUCGUCGAGAUUUCCGUCGGAGACAAAAUCCCAGCCGAUAUUCGUAUCAUCAAGAUCUACUCCACAACGCUUAGGAUCGAUCAGUCGAUCUUAACUGGAGAGUCCGUCUCCGUAAUUAAGCACACAGAUCCCAUACCCGAUCCACGUGCUGUAAACCAAGAUAAGAAAAACAUUCUCUUCUCCGGUACAAACGUCGCCGCGGGCAAAGCGAGGGGUCUCGUCAUUGGUACCGGUUUAAACACUGCCAUUGGUAAAAUCCGUACCGAAAUGUCCGAAACCGAAGAAAUCAAAACUCCUCUCCAGCAAAAGCUUGACGAAUUUGGCGAACAGCUCUCCAAAGUUAUCUCAGUUAUUUGCGUUGCCGUAUGGGCCAUCAACAUUGGACACUUCAACGACCCCGCUCACGGCGGUUCCUGGAUCAAGGGCGCUAUUUACUACUUCAAAAUCGCCGUAGCUUUAGCCGUCGCCGCCAUCCCCGAAGGUCUACCCGCCGUAAUCACUACCUGUCUCGCGUUGGGCACGCGGCGUAUGGCCAAGAAGAACGCCAUUGUACGAUCCCUGCCUUCCGUCGAAACCUUGGGUUGCACAUCUGUCAUUUGCUCAGACAAAACCGGUACCUUAACCACGAACCAAAUGUCGGUAUCUCGCAUGUUCGUCUUCGAUAAAGUGGAAGGUAGCGACAGUAGCUUCCACGAGUUCGAAAUUACAGGUUCAACCUACGAGCCUAUCGGCGACGUAUUCCUAAAGGGCCAGAAAGUGAAAGGCGCAGAUUUCGAGAUCCUUCACGAACUGGGCACCAUUUGCAUAAUGUGCAAUGACUCCGCCAUCGAUUUUAACGAAUUCAAGCAGGCGUUCGAAAAGGUCGGCGAAGCCACCGAAACCGCUUUGAUCGUCUUGGCCGAAAAAGUUAAUCCGUUCGGUGUAACGAAGAGCGGCGACCGACGCGCCGCCGCAAUCAUUUGCAGGCAAGACAUGGAGACGAAAUGGAAGAAAGAAUUUACUCUGGAAUUCUCGCGCGAUCGUAAAUCGAUGUCGUCCUACUGCGUCCCACUCAAACCCACCAAGUUGGGCAACGGGCCCAAGCUGUUUGUCAAAGGCGCAACCGAAGGUGUUCUUGAAAGAUGCACGCAUGCUCGUGUCGGUUCACAAAAGGUCCCACUUACCUCGACCCUUAAAAGCCGCAUUCUCGAUCUCACGCGACAGUACGGUACUGGACGCGAUACUCUACGUUGUUUGGCAUUGGCCACUGCCGAUAACCCACUCAAACCCGAAGAAAUGGAUCUGGGAGACUCUAGCAAAUUCUAUACUUACGAAGUGAAUCUCACGUUUGUCGGCGUCGUCGGCAUGUUGGAUCCCCCACGCAAAGAAGUAGCGGAUUCGAUUGCGCGCUGUCGUGCUGCCGGUAUUCGAGUUAUCGUUAUCACCGGCGAUAACAAGGCGACAGCCGAAGCCAUCUGCAGGCGAAUUGGUGUAUUCGGCGAGGACGAGGAUAGCACCGGAAAGUCGUACUCUGGACGCGAAUUUGACGACCUACCUGCUUCGGAACAGAAGGCAGCAUGCGCUCGCGCCCGAUUGUUCUCUCGCGUGGAGCCCGCUCACAAGUCCAAGAUUGUUGAAUACCUUCAGAGUAUGAACGAAAUUUCUGCUAUGACUGGUGACGGUGUAAAUGACGCUCCAGCGUUGAAGAAGGCAGAAAUUGGUAUCGCUAUGGGUUCCGGAACCGCAGUCGCGAAAUCCGCGUCUGAGAUGGUCUUGGCCGACGACAAUUUCUCAUCGAUCGUCGCGGCCGUCGAGGAGGGUCGCGCCAUUUACAACAACAUGAAGCAGUUCAUCCGUUACUUGAUUUCGUCCAACAUCGGCGAGGUCGUCUCCAUCUUCUUGACGGCCGCCUUAGGUCUUCCCGAGGCUUUGAUUCCGGUACAAUUGCUUUGGGUUAAUCUGGUCACUGACGGAUUACCCGCCACCGCUCUCGGUUUCAAUCCUCCAGAUUUGGACAUCAUGAACAAACCCCCGCGUAAAGCCGACGAGGGUCUGAUCUCCGGAUGGCUGUUCUUCCGUUACAUGGCUAUUGGUGGAUACGUAGGCGCCGCUACUGUCGGUGCGGCCGCUUGGUGGUACAUGUUUGCGGACAAUGGGCCUCAAAUGUCUUACUAUCAAUUAACGCAUCACUUGUCCUGCAUCACCACCGCGGAGGACUUCAAGGGAAUUGAUUGCAAGGUAUUUGACGAUCCGCAUCCCAUGACGAUGGCUCUCUCAGUACUCGUAACCAUUGAAAUGUUGAAUGCUAUGAAUAGUUUAUCAGAAAAUCAGUCGCUAUUAGUCAUGCCGCCGUGGUGUAAUUAUUGGUUGUUAGGUUCCAUGGUAUUAUCGUUUACUCUCCACUUCGUUAUUUUGUACAUUGACGUCCUAUCGGCUGUAUUCCAAGUGUGUCCUCUUACAGUGGAAGAAUGGGUGGUGGUAAUGAAAUUUUCGAUACCAGUGAUAUUACUAGAUGAAUCAUUGAAGUUUGUCGCGAGAAAGAUUACGGAUGAACCGUAAAAUCCGAUGGAUUACGACACUCGGACAUCCCGACUAUAAGUAAAAAUGCUGUGUGUAAACUGUGCUAGCCACUAAUUAGGAAAUUUUGUAUCUAAACUAUAAUAGAACGCACCGCAUAGACAUUUUCGAAUAUAUAUCACAGCGGUAGGCUGCUUUUGUUGAAGGGCUGUGCUUUAUAUUCAAAAAAACUCAUACGGACGAUGCUCAAGUCGGAAAAAGGAAGUUGCAUAAACAGGCAAGUUAGUGUGUCGCAUGAAGACCUCAAAGUGUUGUGAUUUUAAUUAAAAAAAAACCCUCAAGUGCAUGAGACAAGACUGAUGGCGUAGUUGCAACGAACCCUUUAGUCUGUGUUGCAAAUGUUCCAUUUGUGUAGGUAAUACAGUAGUUAACGAAUCGAUUAUUUGGUCAGUUUUAUUUUAUCAAUUUUUGUACUUAUGGCAAAACCGAUCAGAUAUUACGAAUUCGAGUUAACUUGUUAAUGUAAACUAACUUCGUGUAUUACUCGUUAAUUAACUACACUUGUUUCGUAUAAGUGUAAUUAAGUUUAGACAAACGUAAUUAAUUUCGGUAAAAUCAUAUCGGUGGCAAAUAUUUAAUUCUAAUGGUGUACAAAGUAAUUUUAAUUCGUUACCGAGAUCGCUUACGUCUGUUUAGACUGCAAUUUGUCGAUCCAUGAUACAUUGACAAAUGGUUUCCGAAUUAUUUAUUAAUUUAUUUAUUGUAGCAAAUAGCUAACAAUAGAUACCAGUAUGCGACAUACAAGACAUUAAUGUCAAACAAAUUAUUUAAGUAGAUCAAUUUCUAAUUUAUAUCAAAUUAUUUAUACGCCUUUGUCCGGUGUUUGUAGAAAGAAACGAUUUUGUGAAACUGUUUGUCCAUUUUUUGCUGUAAUCUCUAGUUUUGUAUAUAUUUAUAUUGGGCAAGUGUUACGAAAACUAAUAAAGUUAUG